AUGUCCACGCCAAGAACACGUGUCCUUUCAACGGGUGAACCAAUUGAGCCCGUUCAACAAGUUUUUGAUCAGAUGAAACCGAUCGAGGAACAACUUGACCCCUCAUUCUUUUUGAUGGUUGCAUAUUACUUCGAUAAAGGUGCGCAUGUAAUUCAGAAGAAACUAGUUGAGGAAUGCGAUAUACCAUCGAUGAGCAAAGACGAUAAGCAGAACUUUGUUGAGGGCGUUCUUACGUCAAUCAAGCCAGCUAAUAAGGUGCUCUACAUAACGUUCCCACUGAGAAGAGACAACGGACGCUAUGAAAUGAUUGAGGGAUGGCGUGCACAACACAGCGACCACAAAACCCCGGUGAAAGGAGGAAUUCGGUACGCUGAAAAUGUCAAUGAGGAUGAGGUGAAAGCUUUAUCAGCAUUGAUGUCCUAUAAAUGUGCAGCAGUUGAUGUGCCAUUCGGAGGUGCCAAAGGUGGCGUCAAAAUUGAUCCUCGUAAAUACAGUGUGUACGAGCUCGAGAAGAUCACGCGUCGAUUCACGCUCGAACUGUGCAAAAAAGGCUUUCUCGGACCAGGAAUCGAUGUGCCCGCACCAGACAUGGGUACGGGUGAACGUGAAAUGGCAUGGAUGGCCGACACGUACAGUCAUACGAUCGGCUAUACCGACAACGAUGCAUACGCAUGUUGCACUGGAAAACCGCUCAUUACAGGAGGUAUCCACGGACGUACGGCUGCAACUGGACGAGGUGUAUGGAGAGGAUUGGAGACUUUCAUGAAUGAUGCUGACUACAUGAAGAAGGUCGGACUGAAACCGGGUCUUGUCGGCAAGACAUUCAUUAUACAGGGAUUCGGUAAUGUUGGUUCAUAUACAGCACAUUUUUUGACGAAUGCUGGCGCGAUUUGCGUUGGUGUACAAGAGUGGAAUGCGUCGUUGCAGAAUCCGAAAGGUAUUGAUGCCGAUGCACUGAUGGCAUAUGUGAAGGAAAAAAAAACUGUCAAGGGAUUCCCAGGAGCAAAAGCGUUCGAACCGUUCGGAGAGUUGAUCUAUGAGCAGUGCGAUAUUCUCGUACCUGCAGCAUGUGAAAAAACCAUUCAUAUGAUGAAUGCUGCUAAAAUCAAGGCCAAAGUGAUCGCUGAAGCAGCGAACGGUCCAAUGACACCAGGCGCCGAGAAGAUUUUGUUGGAACGUGGUGAUUGCUUGAUACUGCCGGAUAUGUUCAUGAAUAGUGGUGGUGUUACGGUGUCGUUCUUUGAAUGGUUGAAAAAUCUGAAUCAUGUCAGCUUCGGACCACGAAAGCGUGCUUCACCAAUAGGCACAAAUUCAAUGUAUCAUACCGCUUUUUGCAAUAACUUCAACACAAAUCAUAUGAACAAUGUUUGCACAAGCAAGAGUUCAGGAAGUGUGCAAGAGUCUCUUGAGAAGGAGUUUGGACGGAAGAUAAAGAUCGAGCCGGCUGCAUCGCUUAAAGAACGCAUUUUCUCUAGUGACGAAGAAGAAGAAAUUGUCAAUUCUGGUCUUGAAUACACUAUGCAACGUUCAGCCAAAGCAAUAAUGAACACGGCUCGCAAAUACAAACUUGGACUUGACCUUCGCACUGCAGCGUAUGCGAAUGCCAUCGAAAAGAUAUAUAAAACCUACAAAACCUCCGGUUUCGGGUUCUCGUAA